AUAGACUAUCUUGCUAAUCAUGGCCGGUUAAAUGAGUCUGAAGCCAGGCGAAAAUUCUGGCAAAUCCUCUCUGCUGUUGAUUACUGUCAUGGUCGGAAGAUUGUGCACCGAGACCUCAAGGCUGAAAAUCUUCUGCUGGAUAACAACAUGAAUAUCAAAAUAGCAGAUUUCGGUUUUGGAAAUUUCUUUAAAAGUGGUGAACUGCUGGCAACAUGGUGUGGCAGCCCCCCUUAUGCAGCCCCAGAAGUCUUUGAAGGGCAGCAGUAUGAAGGACCACAGCUGGACAUUUGGAGUAUGGGAGUUGUUCUUUAUGUCCUUGUCUGUGGAGCUCUGCCUUUUGAUGGGCCGACCCUUCCGAUUUUGAGGCAGAGGGUUUUGGAAGGAAGAUUCCGGAUUCCAUAUUUCAUGUCAGAAGAUUGUGAGCACCUUAUUCGAAGGAUGUUGGUCCUAGACCCAUCCAAGCGGCUAACCAUAGCUCAAAUCAAGGAGCAUAAGUGGAUGCUCGUAGAAGUUCCCGUGCAGAGACCUGUUCUCUAUCCACCACAAGAGCAAGAAAACGAGCCAUCCAUCGGGGAGUUUAACGAACAGGUCCUGCGACUGAUGCACAGCCUUGGAAUAGAUCAGCAGAAAACCAUUGAGUCUUUGCAGAACAAGAGCUAUAACCACUUUGCUGCCAUUUAUUUCCUGUUGGUGGAGCGCCUGAAAUCACAUAGGAGCAGUUUUCCAGUGGAGCAGAGACUCGAUGGCCGCCAGCGCCGGCCUAGCACCAUUGCCGAACAAACAGUUGCCAAGGCACAAACUGUGGGACUCCCGGUGACCAUGCAUUCACCAAACAUGAGACUGCUGCGAUCCGCCCUCCUCCCACAGGCGUCCAACGUGGAGGCCUUUUCAUUUCCGGCAUCGGGCUGCCAGGCAGAAGCAACCUUUAUGGAAGAAGAGUGUGUCGAUACGCCAAAGGUGAACGGCUGUCUGCUGGACCCCGUGCCUCCAGUCCUGGUGAGGAAGGGCUGCCAGUCGCUGCCCAGUAACAUGAUGGAGACCUCCAUCGACGAAGGGCUGGAGACCGAAGGAGAGGCUGAGGAGGAACCCAGCCAUGCCUUUGAGGCGUUUCAGUCCACCCGCAGCGGCCAGAGGCGGCACACCCUGUCGGAAGUGACCAACCAGCUGGUCGUGAUGCCGGGGGCAGGGAAAAUUUUCUCCGUGGGUGACAACCCGUCCCUUGACAGUGUGGACUCUGAGUAUGAUAUGGGGUCUGUCCAGAGGGACCUGAACUUUCUGGAGGACAACCCCUCCCUCAAGGACAUCAUGCUAGCCAACCAGCCCUCACCCCGCCUGGCAUCUCCCUUCAUUAGCCUGAGACCUACCAACCCGGCCAUGCAGGCACUGAGCUCCCAGAAACGAGAGGCCCACAACAGGUCGCCAGUGAGCUUCAGAGAGGGCCGCCGAGCAUCGGACACCUCCCUCACCCAAGGAAUUGUGGCAUUUAGACAACAUCUUCAGAAUCUGGCUAGAACCAAAGGCAUUCUAGAAUUGAACAAAGUGCAGUUGCUCUAUGAACAAAUGGGGUCAGAGGCAGACCCCAGCUUGGCAUCAGCGGCUCCUCAGCUCCAAGAUCUCGCUGGCAGCUGCCCUCAGGAGGAAGUUCAUCAGCAGCAGGCAAGCGUCUCCACCGUCCCCAGCAGCAGCAGCAGCGUGCACCCUCCGCUCUCGCCGCGGCAGAGCCUGGACGGCCAGUUUCGGCAGCACAGACUCCAGAAGCCCAGCCUUCUGUCAAAGGCCCCGAAUACCUGUCAGCUUUAUUGCAAAGAACCACCACGGAGCCUUGAACAGCAGCUGCAGGAACACAGGCUCCAGCAGAAGCGGCUCUUCCUCCAGAAGCAGUCUCAGCUGCAGGCCUACUUUAAUCAGAUGCAGAUCGCCGAGAGCGCCUACCCGCAGCCGCCCCGGGAGAGCCCCGGGAGCUCGGGACGGCCGGAGGCCGCCGGCUUCGACCCGCUGGCCCUCCCCGAGCUGCCUGGACUCUUUGACUGCGAGAUGCUGGACGCUGUGGAUCCGCAGCACAACGGGUAUGUGCUGGUGAACUAA